CAGCUGCUCACCUGGUCAAGCUGUUGGACUCACCUGUUCAGAUCAAGAAAACUUCAGGUUGGUGGGAGAGGCCAGCCGAUGUGCUGGGAGACUGGAGAUGAAACAUGAACAAGAGUGGAGACCAGUGGAUGUUUGGGAUGAUAACUGGAACAUGAACUCAGCUGCUGCAGUUUGUGCUGAACUGGACUGUGGUUCUGCUGUUUCAGCAAGAAAUUCAAAGGAAGCUUCAGAGAGACCAGUUUGGGAGAUCUGGUCUGACUGUUUCCAGUCAGGAUCUGGAUUAAAGAACUGUUUACCUUAUGAUGAAAACAGUUAUUGGAGCCUUGAGCUCAUCUGCUCAGGUCUGCUGGUUGAGCCGCACAUCUUCCUCUCUUCCUCCACUGACGGGGUUUCCACAGGCAGAAAGCAGGGGUCUGAGCUCCUCAUUGCAUCAAAUUUCAGCAUCAUGUGCUCCAUCAGACCUCAGUAUGAAGGCGGCUCCUUCCAGCUCAUCUUCAGCACCUCUAACUACACUCAGAGCCACACCCUGCCAGCUGUUAAUCACUCCGCCCUCUUCCUGUUCUCUGCUGCUGGCCACGCCCACCAAGGAACCUACCACUGCGUUUACCACGUCUACGUUUUCUCCUAUAACUUCUCCUCUAUGAGCCAGCCUCUCAACCUCACUGUCUCAGUUUCAGCCUCUCUCACUGCUUUGAUCAUCAGACUGGUUGUCGUCCUGCUGGGUUUGCUGGGAUCAGUCCUGGUCCUCUACUUUAAGGCCAGGAGAAACCAGAAGUCUGGACCAGAAAACAACCAUCAUGAUGAAGGAUCCAGAGCUGAAGGCAGCUUAGAGGAGGAGACUGCAGUCUGAAGGAACCAGGAGAAAAUGAUCUUCAUUUCACAUCCACAGGAAGGAGCAGAGAGAUGUUUCAGACUCCUGGAAAUCUAUCUGUCUAUGUAUCUAUGAUAAAAUGUCUCUGUGCUCCUGCAGCAGGAAGGAAGUUCAACAAUCAGAAAUUUGUAUCUGGACUAAACCUACUUAAAUAAAACUUAUAUAAGAAGGGAACACAAAACAUCCAACAAACAAAAUAUAACAGAAAACCCACUUCAUCAAAAUCUGAUCUUCAUCAACCUUGCAAGGAUAGCAUAUGGUAGAAUAUUUGGGGUCAAAGCUUCACUGCCUGAAAUUCAUGGACGCAUAUAAUUAAUAUUUCAACAGCUUUGUUAAGGAGAUAAAAACUCUCUGUGUGAAUAAUGAGGUUCUGGUGACUGGCAGACCAAGUACAUGUAGCAACAAACAUGUAGGCUACAUGUCUGUUUAUCUUGCAGAUGGGAUGGAAAAUUUUAUUGUUACUAUGAUUAUGAAUGAAUCGAUUCAUAACAGUGUUAUGGUUCUUGUGUAAAGCAUGUUGUUGGGUAAAUUGUAUUAUUGGUAUUAUCAAUUAUUUGUUGUUCAUGUAGCCUUAUAGUUAUAUAUUUAGAAUCUUUUUACUUAUAUGCUUUUACUUCAUUUUACUUCAUUUUAAACUUAGUAUAAAGAAUGUUUCUGUGUGUUGAAUAACUUUGAUUCCUUCCUGAGGCCUUCCUGAGAGAAAGCAGUGACAACCGCUUCCAGCAGAGUUUACGGCCCGGCCGGAAACUCUGCUCUCCUUGACCUGUUAGAUAGCAACAAAGCCAUCGCCGUGAAGACAUGCAACUUGUUCUGCUCGACGCCGUGCCUGGGACAGAAGAAUCUAGUGUGUAGAUAACAUGUGUCUAGAUAGUGAUUGUCAUUAGCGCUGCAACUAUGUGAUGAUUUGUUUUCCCUGCCCUUUGAGAGUUGCAGCCCCCAAUGUAAGAGGGAUCCUAAAUGCAAUAAAAAGAGAGGAGCAGGCAUAUGUGAUUUCAGAGCGGUAGGAGAUUGUAACUGAAAGCACAUCU